AUGGUUCCUGAAAACGACCACGACAGCGAAGAGCACCAUCGUGUUGAUCCUGAGAACGAUAAGGAGUUGAGGCCGAUGUUAAUGUCUCCAAGUCCAUCGUUGAAAAUCAACUUGGUUCAGAGCGCUUCACAAGAUUCUCACUCUCACAUGGGAGGUGCCUGGGAGCGUAUGAUUGGGAUAGUACGUCGCAUACUUGAUUCGAUGUUGUGUGACGUCAAGAAUCUGACCCAAGACGUCAUUGUGACGCUUAUGGCAGAGGUCUGUGCCAUAAUGAACCCCCGCCCAUUGGUACCCAUCUCUAAUGACGCUGACAUAUCGGAAGUGUUAUCCCCUUCGACGAUACUUACCUUGAAGACCGGUACAGACGAGCAGCCAUUGGGAGAAGUUGACGUUAAGGACAUGCUUAGGAGUCAGUGGAAGCGCGUCAAACAUCUUUCCGACGCGUUUUGGUGUCGCUGGAGGAAGGAAUAUCUUCAGACGUUACAACCACGACGGAAGUGGAAUCAUGAAGAAGACAAUAUACGCGUUGGAGACAUCGUUCUGUUGAGGGACAAGUCUGUCAGUCGUAUUUAUUGGCCUAUAGCCCGUGUUAACAAAGUGUUUCCUAGUCCGGAUCAGAAAGUUCGCAAAGUCAAAGUGUUGGCCUUCAAAGAUUCAAAAUUAGUGAGCUAUGUGCGACCUAUUGUUGAGUUGGUAUUACUUGUCAACAGCGAGUGA